AUAAAUAAGACCCGGCCAGACGAACAGGAAGCAAGGAGAUUCUCAUGGCGCCCGACUAGAAUGAAGCUACAAUCACCUCCUACCAGUGCCAGCGCUAUUCGACAUCUCUACGCUUAAGCACACGCUUCUACUCGCAAACACAAGUCAUGGAUUCAGAGGAGAAUGAGGUGGAAAGCAGCAGUGAUGCAGGACCCUCUGGGAUGGAGGAGCCGUCUGAAAGCGGCAUGGGCGUGGAAUCAUCCGAGGCCAUGUCUGCAGACAGCAGUGAUGCUGCCUCCUCUCAUGCACAAGCACCAGAGUCCGACUGUCAAGUAGGACAGAGCUCAGAGGGACUUGUGGUCUUCAUCCCAGAGACCAGCUCGAGUACAGAUGUCAUAGUGUCAUCAGUUCACCUUCCAGACUCGUCCUCGGUGGCCCAGUCCACCAGUGUGUCCAGCGUGUCCACAGUGACUCAGUCAGUGCUGGUAUCGGAGUCAGCCCAAGUACUCGUCCACUCCAGUGCUGUGUCGGAGGGAGCUAUGAUGGUUUCGGACUCGACUGCUUCUACCUCAUCAGACCUUGGCUCUGCCAUAGACAAGAUCAUUGAGUCCACCAUCGGUCCUGACAUCAUGAAUGGUUGCAUCGCAGUGACUAGUGCAGAAGAUAGGGAUGCAGAACCGACCCAAUAUCUCAUACUACAAGGUCCAGAUGAUGGUGCUCCCAUGGUAGCCCACAUGUCAUCCUCAGCCUUGUCCAAUCGCAUAGCCAUAGAAGCACUCUCUGAGGGUCCCACAUCCACCUGCCGGGACCAGGGAGACCUACAGAGUAACCUGGAGCCCGACCAACCCGACGAUCAGCCUGGACACUACGGUUACCCAGAAGACAGCGGCAAUCAGCCUGAUCAGCCCCAACACUCUCACCCCUCCCAGUAUAUGGACUGCAGUGCAGAUGGCCCAGACCAAACAGGGGAGUCCUCAUCAUCCUAUGUGGAGUGUUCAGGUGAAGAACCUGACCAGACGCGCUCACAGUCAGGCUUCCCGGACUACAGUGGAGAGAACAGUGACCAAGACCUGCCUGGAUAUGUAGAAUGUAGCAGGGCGGAUUCAAACCCCACCAGCCGGGGGCACUGUGUGGUGGAGUGCAGUGCUGGGUAUCUGUGUGCUGUGGAUGACGAAGAGCUGCCACAUCAUUCACGCGCCUACAUCGACAGCAGUGCAGAUCACGGGACCCAGUCAAGCCGGCAGUAUGCGGUUGAAUAUAGCGGCGAGUGUGUUGCAGCUGCCGACUCCGAGCAACCUGGGUGUUCGCAGUAUCAAGCAAGGAAUGGUGGGGAUGACGACGAAGAUGAUGAUCGUAACCAAGUUCCCGAUCAGCCGCAGCACUCCCAACAGCAGCCCCAGCAUUCUUGUUACACCGAGAACAGCAAUGGCCCUGAUGCAUCUCUCUAUACCGACGACAGCUCCUCGUCAGACCACCCUGUGGUUGACACCGCGGAUUCAGGGGGGGUCCCUGAGGCAUUGGAGUGCAGCGAGAGCCAGCCAGGUCCAUACAUCAGCAGUAGUGGCACCUAUAUCGCCAUCCCAGAACCCGGGGUGGCCCCACAUUGCUCGGAUGAGCCUCAGGGUUCCCGGCAGCCUCAGGGGGAAGCUGCAGCAGGCCGGGAAAUGGAGGCAUCUGCAGUGGCAGAAGGCCCUGGAAACCGUCCGCCCAACCUGGCUGAGUUGGAGGAGUUGAUGGAAGUGGUGAUUGUGCAACAGUUCAAGUGCAAGAUGUGUCCAUAUAAGAGUGUCUCUAAAGACACGCUCAUUAACCACAUGAGGGACAAGCACUUUAAACCUACAAGGGAUUUGCAAGCAAAGCGUAAACGCGGACGACCUCCCAAAAGUGCUGCACUGGCCCAUCAAGCUGCGGAGAAGAAGGCAACACCGGCAAAGGCAUCCGGGCCUGUUAAAGCAGAGGAGGAGGAAGAUGACGUACCUGAUGCUGGUGCUCUUGAUGAUUCUGAAGUGGAUAGUGACUACAAACCGACGGAAGAGGACUGCGAAGUUAAACUCUCCUCCAGUUUGAAACAAACAACUCCUCCUAUCUCGUCCUCCUCGCAAUCUCGUCCAAGGCGUAAAAUUGGCCGCCCGAGGAAAUACAUCCUUCUGGAAGAAGAGGACAGCAGCAAAGAGGCAGAGAGUUUAAUAAAGAAUGCAGAUCCAAGUGCUGCUGAUGAGGCGAGCUCCUCUGGCUUAGACAAUGACAGCCCUGCUCUGGCGACUGAUGGGGACACAGCGGAGGCAGCAGUAAGCCAAUCGGACUCUGAGAACAAAGACCCAUCGUCCAACCCGCAGUCAGAAGAGUUCUUUGAGAGAAAACGGGGUCGCCCCUCCAAGUGCUUUCUUCGCAAGAAGUACAGGAAGCAUUUGAAUCGAAAUCAGUACUACAAAUCUCUCAAACCGCUCCUGAGACCUCACAGUUGCUGUAUCUGCGGCUCUCGCUUCCUCACGCAAGAUGAUCUGCGCUUCCACGUGGACUCCCACGAGGGCAACGACCCCGAACUUUUCAAAUGCCUCCAGUGCAAUUAUCGCUGCAAGCGCUGGUCCUCUCUCAAGGAGCACAUGUUCAAUCAUGAAGGUACGAAGCCUUUCAAGUGUGAGACGUGCGAUUAUUCAAGUGUCUACAGAAAAGAUGUUGUUCGUCACUCAGCAGUUCAUAGCAAAGACAAGAAAAAGAAGAAAAUAAUGGUGAUGACAAUGUCCGAGUUUCCAUGUCCUGUUUGUCACAAGGUUUACCCCAUGCAGAAGAGGCUCACCCAGCAUUUGAAGACCCAUAGUGCAGAGAAACCACACAUGUGUGACAAGUGUGGUAAAUCCUUUAAGAAGCGGUACACGUUCAAAAUGCACCUCCUUACCCACAUUCAGACUCUGGGAGACAGCAAGUUCAAGUGUGAGUUUUGUGAUUACACUUGUGACAACAAGAAGCUGCUGCUGAAUCAUCAACUAUCCCACACUAUCGACAGACCCUUCAAGUGUGAUUACUGUAAAUACUCCACUUCUAAAGAAGAGUUCCUAGUGUCCCACCUGGCCAUUAAACACACAGGAGAGAAGCCUUUCUGCUGCAAUAUGUGUCACUUCGUCACAAAGCACAGGAAGAACCUACGAUUGCACGUGCAGUGUCGCCAUCCGGAAGCUUUUGAUGAGUGGUCCAUCUCUCACCCCACGGAACCCACAAAGAGACGACGCAAGCCUUUUUUCACCCUGCAGCAAAUGGAGGAGCUUAAAGAGCAACAUGAAGAAGGAACGCAAGUCUUGCCCAACACCAUUGUUUCAGUGGAUCCUGUAGCUCUUCAGGCCAUUCAGAGGAUGGGUAAUGCCUCAGUGUCUCAGGAUGCGCAUGGAAACACCACCAUCAUCUAUGAACAAGGUGAAUCCGGUAAUCUCUCCUCCCAGAAUGCCCUGAGCCUGCUGCUGAAUAUGAGCAAUGCUCGGGAAUUGGUUGGAAACUCCCUACAAGUGGCGGUGCUGAAGUCAGAUGGCAGUGCUGAAGUCGAAGCUUUGGAGAAGGGAAAGUGGAGUGCAGUCUCCGCAGCCCCGGGCCAGGCCCAGAAGGUCGUGACCGUCCACGUGUCCGAGAACGGAGAGACCGUUCUGCAAGAGGACUAUGAGGAAACCACCUCUGGGACAGGAGAUCUGGCUCAGAUCGCUAUAGAAACCUACGAGGACGAAGGGGUGUUCAAUGUGGUGGAGCAGGUGACAGAAGAAGUCCAAAGCUCUGAAUGCAGUAAAGAGACAAACGAGUCUUCUCAUGCUGCAGAAGAGCCCGAAGCACAGAACCUGAAAAGUGACAAGUUCUACCUUGCUACCGGAUUGCCUGACGGAGUUCUGCAACAGGUGGAGCUGAGUAGUGAAGCUCCCCCCUCUCCCCCUGCCAUGAGCUCCCCUAGUGUCAGCACCAAGCGGUUCUCCUGCCGCAUAUGCUUGGAAUCUUUCCACGGCCGUUCUGACAUGGAGAACCACAAGAGGGCGCACCUGGAUUCCAAUACCUUCAAGUGCCCUGACUGUGAUUUCAUCUCAAACUCUUGGCCUGAGGUUAAGGUUCAUAUGGAGCUGCAUUCCUACUUGCGACCUCACAAGUGUUCCUUCUGCAGCUUUGCCUCCAAGAACAAGAAAGACCUGCGCAGACACUUGCUGACCCACACCAAGGAAAAGCCAUUUUCUUGCAAACUUUGUGGGCAAAGCUUCAACCGCAACGGCCACCUAAAGUUCCACAUGGAGCGGCUCCACAACCAGGAACACCCAACUAAAAAAAGCCGCACCGUCACAUCCCAGCAGACUAUCAUAGUCAACAGUGAUGAAGAGGCUCUUGCCACAUUACAGUCCCUGCAAGCCAAUCAGACAGUCAUCAGUCCAGAUCAACUGCAGUCUCUUGGCCAGGAGCACAUCAUUGUAGCCCAAGAUCAGUCUCUAUCAGACCAGGAAGAGGGGACAUACAUCCAGCAGAUAACCACCAUAGAUGGACAGACGGUCCAGCACCUUAUGACAGGAGAAAACCAGGUCACGGAGGUCCAGUAUAUCAUAUCCCAGGACGGAGUGCAGCACUUAAUCCCGCAGGAGUAUGUUGUAGUAGCAGACGGCAAUCACAUACAGAUGCAAGAUGGACACAUCAUCCAGUAUGAGCACGAAGGAGUCUUCCUGCAGGAGCAACAGAUCGCAGUAAGCCAUGACAGUCAGAUCCAGUACUUGCCUGCCAGUUCGGACGAGCAAGAUAUGGAGGCCGCCGCCCACUCUGCCGUCACAGCAGUAGCAGACACAGCGAUGGCACAGGCUCAAGCCGUCUACACGGAAGCAACACCUGAGCAGUUGGAGCAACUUCAGCAGCAGGGCAUCCACUACGACGUCAUCACCUUCACGGAAGAGUAGACGGCAACCAUUUGCGAAAAAAUUCAAUAUGUACAAACCACUACAAAAAAGGAGCAUGACCUCAGCUUGAGUUGUGCAUUCAACAUUUUGUCUGUUUACUGCAACUCUCGUUUGCUCUAUUUUUUUGCACUUCUUUUCUUCAUCCUGCAGUUCACGGACGUGCAGAUUAAGCCCGCCUCUUCUCUUUUAUCGGCUUUAUGCGCCUCAGCUGUUUUGAUUUGCAAGACAAUGUUGUCGGGGGCUGGGGGUUGGGGGGGGUUAAUUUAUCAUGUUUUGAAAAUUCUACACAGCGUUUACGAAUGUUUUAAUUUGUGAGAAUAGAAUAUGUUUAUUGAGAAUGAAUAUGUACAUAUGUAUCUUUUUUUGCAUUUGUCCUCUG